AUGGCCCAGUAUUUGGGGGAUUUUCAAUUCGGGGUUGGUACACCAAAUGGGGCGGAGGCGGUGCUUCAUAGUGCGAACAGGUUCCUGAACUCUUUUCAUGAAGAUGGGUCCAUGGCCUUGCUCACGGUAGACUUCACCAAUGCUUUCAACAUGGUUGACCGCUCAGCGUUCCUCCAACAGGUCCACCAACGUUUUCCAUCUAUCUAUCGGUGGGUCCAGUUCCUGUACGCUCAACCCGCUAGGUUGUAUGUUGGCAGCGAUUGUAUUAGGGCCACCACUGGAGUGCAACAAGGAGAUCCCUUGGGGCCCCUUCUCUUUGCCCUAGCCUUACACCCACUUAUUCUUCGUGUCCAGGAGCACUGUAACCUCCCCUUUCAUGCUUGGUAUUUGGAUGAUAGCACGAUUAUUGGUAAUGCAAUGGAAGUUGCUAAAGCAUUGGACAUCAUCAACACGGAGGGACCAUCCCUAGGGCUCCAUCUCAAUAUUAAGAAAACGGAAGUGUACUGGCCAUCGUGUGACGGUCUCAAGGUUCAGGACGGCAUUUUCCCGAGAGGGAUAAGUAGACCUGAGAGGGGGGUUAAGCUCCUUGGGGGGGCGGUUAGCCGAGAUUCUGCUUUUAUCGGGGAAUUAGCAGGGCGGCGGGCAUUGACAGCGGUUGACCUUAUGAAACUCUUGCCCUGCCUUCAGGACCCCCAUUGCGAGCUUCUUCUUUUAAGGUCAUGCAUGGGGGUAGCUAAGUUACUAUUUGGGUUGCGGACCUGCCAACCCCACUUGAUGGCCAAUGCAGUAUCCUGUUUUGAUGAUGGUCUUCGAGAGGCUAUCGAAGACAUUGUUGUUUGCGGGGGGUCCUACUUCGGUGACCUUCAGUGGCGUUUGGCAUCUUUGCCGAUGCGUCUGGGGGGUUUGGGCCUCCUCUCAGCUCGGGAUGUUGGAGUUUAUGCUUUUGUGGCGUCUAGAGCUCAGUCGUGUGUAUUGCAAGACCAUAUCCUUCGGAACAGCGGGGUUGUUAAGCUUGACGUAGACUACCAACAGGCCCUUGAGUACUUAAGCAUCUCUCUUCCAGACUUUGAUAUUGGCGGUUUCUAUAAUAUGGACACCGCCCCCCCAAAGCCACAAAAAACUUUGGCGAAUGCCCUAUUUGACAAAAUCGCUCGGAGUCUGGGAGAAACAUUCGAUUUGUCUCCCCGCCAGAAGGCGGUGAUUGAGUGCUUGAAAGGCCCCCAUGCGCAAGAUUUUUUGACUGUUAUCCCGAUCGAGGGGCUGGGGCAAUGCAUGUCGGCUGUUGAGUAUAGGGCUAUCCUCAAAUACCGGCUGAUGAUCCCUAUGUAUUCAGAAGACGAAACCUGCCCAAUUUGCCGUAAAGCCUGCAUGGAUAAAUACGGGGAGCAUGCUAUUCAUUGUAAGGAGCUCCCUGGUUUCAAAUAUCGGCACGACUGGGUGAGAGAUGUCUUGGGGGACAUCUUGAGGAGAGCGGGGAUUUCUGCCAAGAAGGAGGCCCCUGUGAAUUUCCUUACAGAUCCGAUGGAAGGGAGAUCUACAUUGAGACCAGCGGAUCUGCUCGUUUUUGGCUGGGCGGGAGGGAAACAUGCUUGUGUGGAUCUCACAGGAGUCUCCCCCUUAGCUGGUUUAAGGGAAAGCGGGUUUGUAGCAGGACAGGCUAUAAGGAAAGCGGAAUCUAAAAAGGUGGAUAAACACGCUAAAGCAUGUGCUGAUAACCAACAUGCAUUUGUCCCCUUCGCCUUCGACACCUUUGGCUCCCUAGCUCCAGAAGCUAUCCGUUUGUUGACUAGGGUCCAAAAGGUUGUCCACAGCAGUUGCUCAUCAACAGGGGGGCAGGGGUUUGUCUUUAAUAGGCUAGGGUUUGCUAUUCAGAAAGGGGUAGCAGCGCAGCUUGUUGCUCACUUACCUGCGAUAUUAAUGUAA